CCAGGCUUCCUAGAGGGGCUGGCUAGCGAGUGGGUGGUGGCGGCGGCCAUUUUUGCGUGACGCUCAGCGUGCUGUAGUAGAGGUGACGGAGUGGGCAGACCGAUGUGGGCUGUGCUGGGCAGACUCGCAAGGCUCGCCGCGGUCCCGGCCCAGGCCCGGCAGUCCGUUCUGCACGUCGUGCCCGCCGCCACAGAAGCCUUCACCAUAGCCCACGUUACCAUGGCCACCCACGUCCAGGAGCAGGGGGAGCGAAUCAAGUGUGUUAAGGGAGAUCUUUUCUCAUGCCCCCCAACGGACGCAUUGGCUCAUUGCAUCAGUGAGGACUGCCGCAUGGGUGCAGGCAUAGCUGUUCUUUUUAAGAAAAAGUUUGGAGGCGUCCAAGAGCUCUUAGAUCAACAAAAGAAGACUGGGGAGGUGGCAGUUCUCCAAAGAGAUGACCGAUAUAUUUACUACCUGAUUACGAAGAAGAAAGUUUCUCACAAACCAACGUAUGAGGACAUGCGAAAGAGUUUAGAAGCCAUGAAAACUCACUGUCUAAACAAUGGAGUUACUGACAUUUCCAUGCCCAAAAUUGGGUGUGGACUUGACCGCCUGGAUUGGGAUAAAGUUUCAGCUAUACUUGGGGAAGUGUUUGAAGACACAGAUAUAAAGAUCACUGUUUAUACUCUCUGAGCAAAAGAGUCCUGUUUCCCUAGCUUUCAGCAGUGGCAACUUCUUAACUGAUGAGGGAGAAAACUGCAUGCUGAGCACAUUCUUCUGAGCAUAGCUCACUCGUGUGUUGGUGGUGGCCGUGGCUUUAAAAGAAAAUAAAAAGAGCAAAAGUCUCAGAGUAGCUGAUUUGGGAUGUAGUGUUCAGGGAACCUGUGUUGAAAGCAGGGAUUUUGUAUCUCUCAGGGAGUUCCCAGUCUGUCCCAGGAAGCCACCAGAUGUCACUGGUCCUCCACAGAGCACCUACCUGCACUGGAGCUUCCUAAAGCUGGCAGUUCCUGUGCAGUGAAAUUGGAACUGUCUGAUGCUUACAUAUUUGUUGUUCUGGUUCAUAAUUAUGACCUGUGGAGCUCUCCCUAUUUUUAUUUUUCAGGAUUUGCGAUGUUCAUAUAUAGCAUACUCAUUCUGUGCAGGAUUAAAAAUUAUUUUUUUUGUAUCUUUUGGACACAAGCACUUUUUUAAAAUGAAAUUGCACGCAAGAAGAGUUGUGCUGUCAGCAUGCAGUAAGUAGUUCUUCAGUACUCUACUGUCAGAUCAGAGCACAGUCCUUGCAAACAGCAUACUGAUGUCUGUCUGUAUUGUGGCUGUAGACAAUAGGAGGAAAGCAGAGUUUUGAAAGGGAAUGCUGGAGACUUGUAAAGACACCUAGUGGGUGUGUUUAGUAUGAUGUGAUUGAUAUAAUAUGCAGUCCUCAGUUUUCUGAGAAUCCUCACAUAUGACUGACUGAUGUGCUGUAAAAAAUACUAUGGAAGCUAAGAUUUUUUUGUGUGUUUAUUGUUUUGUUUUACUGCAUUUGUAGUUCAGCUGAUAUGUUGUUUGAUAUCACCAAAUGUAAAAAUCAGUGACAGUUUAUUAGGCCAUUGCUAAAUGCUUGAUUUUGGGAAGGUUGGUUCCAGUUCUGAAUAACCAACAUAUACUUAGAGUAUUUCAUUUAUGUUUGAUUUUACCCACUGUCCUGUAAUACCAGAUCUUUUUACUUCUAUCACACUGAAUGCCCACUGAAAUGCCAGAAGUGUUGAAUAAACCUAGUAGGUGGGACAGUUGAGAAGUUGUUAGUGUAAAAUACGGUUUCUGCUUAUUCUUCACUACUUAUUAAAUGUGUGGAACCUUUCCUGUCCUGAGCUUUAUGGGUGAAUCUGUAUUGUAUGUUUUCUUUGCUGAUGGAGAUCUACAAAUUCUGUUUGUCUUUAAGAACUUCAUAUUUUUUUCUUCCCCUGUUUGACUAUCCUAUGCUUCUUGGUUUUGGUGGAUAAUUGCUGUAGCUAAAUACACAGCUGUGAAAAAUAAACUUGAGUGAGACAAAGGAA